GGAACAAGUUACGACGAAGGAGUAUUUAAUAUGGCGUCCAGAAAAAUAAUUGUAACAUGUCUGCUGUGCUCGCUCAUAUUAAUGGCGUCUGCUCACGGACCUCCCAAGGAGCGAGAUAAUGAAGAUGUUUCAAUGGGGCGAAAGAUGGGAGCCAAAUGGUGCAGCAUGGCGAAGGUAUGCAACCACGACCGCGUGCCGAUCUGCGGGCUCAGCCACGCUGGUGACAUCAUGGGCUUCCGAGACCUCUGUGACAUGUUCGACUACAACUGUAUUAGGAGAAGGAAUUAUAAGCAGACACCAUGUCCGGAAGACAGAUCACUUCUGACAGUCUCUCGCAGACCUACCAACAGUUACUUCGAUGACUGAUCGCAAAACUACAUUAAUAACCAUUCCAGUGUAUUCAAUACUUAUGUGUUUAUAUUUAGAUAUUAGGAGAAAAUUAUUCGUUUAUUUUUUUAUGUAGUAAAAUUGUAUCACGAUUU